AUGGAGUACCUACGAAUAUACGAACUUUAUUCACUGAGUUUAAGUUAUCUCGGGGAGUUUGCAAACUACCUUCAACUACAGAAUCAAAUAGUAAAGAUUAAUGAAAUGGUACUACCUGUUGCCCAUCCUAGCCGACUCAAUUCACAACACGAGCUCGCAAGCGCAUAUGUUGAGCUCCGGGAAACCGAAAAUGCGAUAGAGCUCCUAGGGCAAGUGGUGAAGCUUCGAGAAGAAUUGCCCGUUGCUGACCCACUCCUGCUCGGGUCACAGCACGAGCUCGCACGCGCAUAUCUUGUGAAUGACCAGGCGGAAAAGGCGAUAAAGAUCCUCGAGCAAGUAGUGAGGAUUCGAGAAGAGGUCCUGUCUAUUGCUAACCCUGGCCGGCUUACAUCACAACAAGUGCUCGGAGUGGCAUAUUAUAGGAAUGGGCAAGUAGAUAAGGCAAUGGAGCUCCUAGAAAAAGUUCUGAAGAUUAGAGAAGGAGUACUGCCUAUUACCCACCACGAUCAGCUAAUAUUACAACAUGAGCUUGCAACUAUAUAUCAUACAACUGGGCAAGUGGAUAAGGCUACCGAGCUCCUAGAGCAAGUAGUAAAAAUUCGAGAAGAGGUGCUACAUAUUGGUAACUAUUACCAGCCCUGGUCACAGCACGAGCUUGCAUUCAUAUACAAUGCAAAUGGGCAAGCGGAUAAGGCUAUCGAGCUCCUAGAGGAAGUAGUAAAGAUUCGACAGGAGAGGCUAUAA